CCCAACUGUUUGGGCCAAUUGAAAGCAAAAGUACGAAAUUUUUCGUCCAUCAGCAUAGUGACCGCUAAAUGCCAGUGGCAUGGAAUAAAAACUUUUAUAAUUUAUGCACCAUCAAAUAUCCGACGAAAAAUAUUCUUUAUACACUAUAAUGCUCAAGUAUGUGCUUUACUCCCUCUUUUGUUCAUCACAAAAUUUUUCUUGGGUGUAUAACACCUAUGAGAGAUGCCACAAGAUGAUGCCGCAAAAAAAACCGUAGAAUUCAACAUGAUGUCCGAGUGCCAAAGACCCCACCACCAAUUUCACUUUCAAUUCACUGGGUGAACAACGUCUUGAGGCUUUGAUAUAAAAAUGGGACUCCGACACGGAUCAGGCAUCAGUUGUUCCUCUCCCAGUAAGGCAACUAGAAGUAUGAAGGUCUUUGUGUGCCUAUUUGCGCUUGUCGCAGCCGCCAAUGCUGGCUUCCUAGGAGGUCUAGGAGGUCUAGGAGGUGGUGGCGGUGGAGGCCAUGGGGGAGGAGGAUGGUCCGGUGGCGGCGGUGGAGGACAUGGUGGAUGGUCCGGCGGCGGCGGCGGAGGACACGGUGGAUGGUCUAGUGGAGGAGGUGGAGGAGGUUGGAAAUCCGUUGGAAGCUUCGGCGGUGGUGGUCACGGAGGUGGCCAUGGGGGUGGAUUUGGCGGUGGCCAUGGAGGUGGUGGAUAUGGCGGCGGUGGUCACGGAGGAGGCCAUGGUGGUGGCGGAAAAGUAAUCAAAGUCAUCAAGAUCAUCUCUUCCGGAGGUGGUGGACAUGGAGGUGGUGGACACGGAGGUGGCGGAUAUGGAGGUGGAGGACACGGAGGAUGGUCCGGCGGUGGUGGUGGCGGACACGGAGGAUGGUCUUCCGGUGGUGGUGGAGGACAUGGUGGAUGGUCUUCCGGUGGCGGUGGAGGCCAUGGUGGAUGGUCCAGCGGAGGAGGAGGCAGCGGUUGGUCAUCUGGCGGAGGUGGUGGUGGAUGGUGGUAAAUAAACACCAAAAUCCAAACCUUGUGAUCACCACAUCGUAAUUCAAAACAAGACACACCACUGCCAAAUUCUCAUAAGACACACAGUUACCACCCCUCUCAAACUUCAGCAGAAAUCUUCAUAAUUUAUUGUUUAACGAGAUUUUGUAAAUUGUACAUAUAAAAAAAAAACUGAGUGCGUUUGUGAGCUUUACUUUUGUAUGAAAAAAAAGAUGUAUAAAGAUAAAACCAAAAA